AUGGGAUUUCUUCAAACUUCCAAAUUCUACCUCAAGACAUUCGUUGCGGUGAACGUGUUCUUCGGAUGUGCUAUUUAUGGGGUAGUGGCAUCUAUUGUUCUAACUCUUAUUGGGAAACAACAUCUUUGCCAAUGGGCUACUGCUCGGGCUUUCUAUGGAAGCUUUUCUAGAAUUCUUGGGAUCAAGAUCGAAGUCCUUAAUGAAGAAAGACUUGUUAAUAACCUUCCUGGGAUUCUUAUCGGUAACCAUCAAUCCACUUUGGACAUUCUCAUCUUGGGUAGAAUUUUCCCAAAGGGCUGUACUGUCACUUCCAAAAGAUCACUUCAAUGGAUUCCUUUCCUUGGUUGGUUCAUGACAUUAAGUGGCACCUUCUUCUUGGACCGUAGCAACCGUGAAAAAUCCAUUAAAACUUUGAAUGAUGCGUUAUCUAAAUUGAAGCUGCAAAGCAGAAGUCUUUGGAUCUUCCCAGAAGGUACCAGAUCAUAUACUAAAGAAUUGACAUUGGGAGCCUUUAAGAAAGGGGCAUUCCAUCUUGCUGUUGAUUCUCAACUUCCGAUUUUCCCUAUUGUGGUGAGUAACACUUCUAACCUUAUCAAUUUUAAGGAAAAAAUCUUUAAUUCUGGGACAAUUUUGAUCAAUUGUUUGGACCAAAUCCCAACCGAAGGAUUAACCAAAGAAGAUGUUGGUAAAUUGACUGAGGAAGCUAGAUCUAAGAUGCUUGAGGAAGUGGAAGCCUUGGGGUAUUCUAAGGUGGGUGUUGCCAAAACCAAUGGAUCUGAUGAUGAUGAUAAUGCGUCAGUGAAGAGUGGUACUGAAGUCACUGCGUUGUUAGAUUAA